CAUGUUAUUAUCUCAAACAAAAGGCAAAGCCUUUAAAUACCAAGUCACCAUCCCAACGCCAUAACCUGCCAUUGAGACAAAAACCCAAACACCAGAAAAGAAAACAGGGCUGCAAAAGCUUCCCCUUUUGUGUUCCCCUUUUCCCCCUUCGUUUUUUCCCUUUUCCUUUCCCGGAAAAAAAAUAAAAAAUAAAAAGAUGGCCGUAAAAGCCGUUCAUGUCUCCGACGUCCCUCAUCCCAAUCUCGAUCAUCAGCAGCAGCAACUGGCACUUUCUUCCCCCCGCGGCUUCGCCAAUACUGUUGACAAUCGUAAGGAAGGAGGAGAAAGGGAAGGAGAGGAAACGAUUGGGUCGAUUACGAAGUUCGUAGUAAUGGGACACAGGGGCAGCGGGAUGAACAUGCUCCAAUCGCCGGACCCGAGGAUGAAAUCCCUCAAGGAGAACUCUCUCCUCUCCUUCAACGCCGCCGCCAAGCUCCCCCUCGAUUUCAUCGAAUUCGACGUUCAGAAGAUGAUGCUUUUGUAUGAAAAAGGCAAACAAGUUACACAAAAACAACCAACACAAAAAUUUGCAAUCUAUACUGUUGUUGUAGGUGACGAAAGAUGACUGCCCGGUCAUUUUCCAUGACAACUUCAUCUUCACCCAACAACAGGGCGUACUUGUUGAGAAGAGAGUCACUGACCUCACUCUACAAGAACUUCUAUCAUACGGGCCACAGAAGGACGAAUCGAAUGGGGUUGGGAAGCCAUUGUUUAGGAAAACAAAAGAUGGGAGGGUGUUUGAAUGGAAAGUUGAACAAGACGAUUGCUUCUGCACUUUGGAAGAGGCAUUCAACAAAGUUGAAAGCCCUGUUGGGUUCAACAUCGAGUUGAAGUUUGAUGACCAGCUUGUCUACACCAAACAACAACUCACCCAUUCUCUAGAUGUCAUUCUCAAGGUGGUACAUGAGCAUGCCGGAGAUAGACGCAUCAUGUUCUCAAGCUUCCAGCCGGAUGCAGCACAACUAAUGCGAAAAUUACAGCAGAAGUAUCAUGUUUUCUUCCUGACCAAUGGGGGUUCAGAAAUUUACACGGACACGAGAAGGAAUUCACUGGAGGAGGCGAUUCACGUAUGCUUGGAAGGUGGGCUGCAAGGAAUUGUGUCGGAGGUGAAAGCCAUCUUCAGGAAUCCAGGAGCCAUAGCCAGAAUCAAGGAAGCCAAGCUCUCCCUCUUUACAUAUGGCCAAUUGAACAAUGUAGGUGAAGUGGUUUACAUGCAACAUCUAAUGGGGGUUGAAGGUGUGAUCGUCGAUCUCGUCGAUGAGAUCACAAGAGCGAUAUCAGAUAACGAUUCGGACAAAAAAGUCGAUCAGCUGAGAAAAUUUCAGCGCAAUACAACGCUUCCACCUCAAUUUUCGAAAGAAGAGCUGUCCUUCCUGCUCAACCUAAUGCCUCAGCUCAUGGUUAACCACUAAAUCGUAAACAUGCAGUUGCCCUGUUUUCACUUUGACGUUUUCCUUUUGUCUCAAUGUACAUAGUAAACAUGGAUGUUCCUUUUAUUUCCCUUUUUUUUUUUUUUUUACAAAUAGAAGGACUCGAAAUGAGAUUGUUGUAUGUUGUUGUACAAUACGGACAGUCCAAACAUUUCAGUGGGCUACAACUAAAAAAUUGCACGGUGGGCUCGGCCCCAUAUGAAUGAUAGGCUGGUUUGGAGUUUGAUUGAUCCAUCCAUUCAUUUGUUUUCAUUUUUGUGUAUACUAAAUAUGCCAAAUGGUUAAACAUCUCCUAGCAAAGCUUAUAACAACCGAUAUUAACAAC